AUGCUCCUGCACCUUCUGCUGAUCUUUGCUCUGUCCCCCAGGGCAGAGACAGGUGAUAUCAUUGGGGGACAUGAGGCCAAACCACACUCCCGGCCCUACAUGGCAUACCUGAAUAUAUAUAGGCAGAAGUCUAAAAAAUUCGAAUGUGGUGGGUUCCUGAUCCAAGAGGACGUGGUGAUGACGGCCGCUCACUGUAAUGGCAGAAAAAUCGAGGUGCUCCUGGGUACCAACGACGUUGGCAUAAUACGGAAAGAUCGAGGGAAGAAGAUCUCUGUGAGAGAAGCCUUCCCUCAUGAGGGCUAUAAUAAAGAUACUCUCUCCAAUGAUAUCAUGUUGCUGAAGCUAGAAAAAAAGGUCAGGUUGAACAACAAAAUAAAUCUCCUGAAACUGCCAGACCCACAAACCCGCCUGGAGCCAGGACAGUGGUGCAGUGUGGCUGGCUGGGGACAAACUACCCUCGGGGAAAAGUUUUCUAACAAACUGAUGGAGGUGGAGCUGAGAGUGCAAAAGGAAGAGAGGUGCAAGAGAUACGACAAGACUUACAACUCUACCACUCAGCUGUGUGCAGGAGACAAGAAAGGAAUGAAUUCCGUGAAGGCACUGAGCAGUGCCCCCUUGUCAAAGAUGUACAAGCUUAACAGAUCCAAUCAUUCUGCUUCCAGAAUCCCACUCACAGAUACCUUCAGCCUUCCUCAAGGCCAAUUGAGAAAGAUGUUCCAGCUGAACAUCACAAAAUCAGAGAUCUCAGGAUCCAGUCAGGAGAUUUAUGUCAGGAGCCCCCAGACUCCUUAG